AUGAAAUGUUAUAACAAGAAAUUCGAUAACAGAUACUGUGAAGCAACAAAUAUUUAUUACAAAAGUAGACAUUUCGUCUUCACAACAACCGCAUAUUACGAAUUUCCUUCUGAUUUUGUUUUAUUAAGUCCAAGAAACACGACAGAUCAUCAAUCAGAUAGAUUAUCAUAUAUGCCAAUAGUUACUAAUAGGCAUCUAGAAUACGAUGAAAGGAUCGAUUCUAUUACAUACGUUCUUUCUUUUUACUCAGAUUUUUAUGAUAUGAUGAAGUCUCAUUAUGAGUUCCUUUUCCCAGUAUACGCUACAAUAAAUAAUAUAGAGAAGUCUGUUUCCAAUGGUUUUGAUCGCCAAUUCCUUUUAUUCCAUGAAAAUCCAUAUUUGAAUCAAUUAUUUGGUGUAUUUUCUGACAAAACGCCAAUAAUUGCUGAUAGUAUCCGUGAUAUUAUGUUCCUUAAGAGAGUUGUAUUUGGAAUGGAACGUUUUUGGACUCAAGUUCAAACGGAACCUUAUAAUUACCAUGUUUCUUUCGAAAAAUUGAACGGAUUGAAAGAACUAGCGAUUGCUAGAUUGGGAAUUAAUAUUACUAAGUCUACAAAUCUUACUCUUUUCACUUUAUCUGAACAUCAUUUUGACAAUUUCCAAAAUUAUCGCCAAUUUUAUGAUCAGAUAAAGCAAGAUUGUCCAUCAAGUAAUAUCAUAUGGGCAGAUCUUAUCAAAAUGGAUAUAAAAACAGCAAUUCAAUAUGCAACUCAAGCUUCUGCCAUUGUUGGUCAAAAUUCGAAUGCUUUGAUUGUAGGUUUUUGGUUAAAACCUAAUUCUUUCCUUGUUGAGAUGAUUCCAAAUAAAUUUGACUGCGAUAAGUGGUACGAAGAUGUUGCAAAGUAUUCUAAUGUUCGUUAUAUCCGAACAGCAGAUAAUAGCGAUAAUUCUUUCUAUGCGAAAACUGCUGAACAAAAGGAAUUACUUCCAAAAUGUUAUUCAAGAGAAGAUAGAUGUCGCGAUCCUGAUUGUUAUUAUCGAUUGAAGCACCAAAUAUUUUUAUACUAUGCGGAUGAAUGGAACGACCUUUGGAAUUUUGUUUGUAAUAAUAUGUUUUAG